AUGGCGGAGCCGAGAAGAGCCAAAACCGAGGAAAGAUUCUUCAGGUUCGGCCUGAAUAUUGAGAACAAAGGUCUUCAUCGCUUCUGCACGAUCUGCAGUGGCGCACAAAACUUACAUGAUUUAUUGGCCAGAAAAGCCAAUGCUCGAAUACCUAUGGAACCAGCAAACUGUGGAAACAGUCUGCUCAUUCGUGUUCUAUUCCCGCAUUUCCGCACCGACGCCGCCGGACUGCUCGGCAUCUCUUUGCUCCAAUUGGCACGUGGCCGCAACCGGGAAGAAGCGCCAGCGAUUGGUCACGACUCUUGCGCGGACUUAGCGGUAUUUAGUCGCUGCUGGGAUAAAAGCGACGGUUGCUUAGUAAGGAAAUCCGUAAAUUUACGAAAAAAGACAAACUUAAAAGGUCGCAAGCCAGUAGCAGGAAAAUUUAUGAAAAAGGAACAAAAGCGAGCCGGCUUAAAAGGUCGCAAGACCAGUAGCGUCAGGAUAAUUAGAUGGCGAAUCAUCGUUUCUUUCCAGCAACGUAACUGGGGCAUGGUUUUUCCCGUCCAGCGUGGUUCUCGAAUGGGAGUUCUGCCAAACCGCCAGGAUGCACGGCAUCCUUUCCCUCAAGUAAUCCCUGACCCUGAGGAGCACAAGCAACGUAAUACAAAUUUUAUGGAACAACAUAGGAUAAACUGGAAUUCAAAUAACAUCAACCAAAUGAUAUACAAGAUGGCUGCAGGUAGAAUCGACAGUUUAAAAAUACCCGCAGUCCCAACCUCGAAUAUAGUAACACAGAUUGAUAGGAAAGCUGCAUAUUACUGCAACAUAAAUAAUCAAGCUGUGAACAUUUUCACGUUUGUGCAUUGUCUUCACAGUCACUGCGAAUUGGAUCCUUCAUGUGUUCCAGGUACCCGCGACCCCGCUGCCGGUUGCAGCAGCACCAGCACUCGCGGCAGUAGUGUGGAUUCGUGGUGGAAUUCUAGCUCUGGGUCAGCACCGUCAACUGCGCAGCCACCUAGGUAUGACAAGACGUCGCUAAAUAGUGUCAGUGGUGGCUACGAUUUUCGUGGACGUCUCUAUCAAGACACAAACUGUACAUUUGCACGAUCGCAACCACAAAAAUUCCACCAAUAUUUAAACCAUUGCCAAACAGUUGCUCGCAAUCACUAUUUUCAACUUCAGUCGAGGCAAUCUCAUGUCAACUGCAACUAUCGCUACGAUAUUUCGGCGUCCACGACCACCGCGUGCGCGUCAUCAUAUAUCGCUGAUGCGGACGAGCGUGGUGCCAAUAGGGUAGGUCCGACCGCCAACCAUACGUACAACGGCUUCAUCUCAGAAAACUUGUCAGGCAACGAAUUAAAUCGCCCGUCGAUCACGGAGAACAACGUGCAACCGUACACCACGUGUUCAGGACAGAACACUGCUAUUCUUUCUCCCCUGUUGUCCACCACGUCAUUCACAACGUCACCCACGUCGACGAACGCGCGCAGCAUCGCUGCUAGCACCACGACGUCGGCCGCCGCUGAUGCGCUGAACGGCGGCGUGCUGUCAUCCCUGAACAUCCGGAACAAGACGGAGACGGAGUUCCACGGUGUGCGCGCGGUAGAGCGACAGCCAUCGGUCGGCGAAUCGCUCCCGUCGUCUCGACUGCCAUUUGCGACAUCCAAUUUAAACACUUCCUUGUUGAGCUCGCUAUUAACUACAUCACACAUUAGCGAUAUUUGCGGAAACGCUCGCGCGGGCCGCAAUACCAGCGACAACGACGAAGACAGAGACGACGGCAAUAAUAACGAGAGAGGCAACGAGGAAGACGACGGUAAACUUCUCACGAAGAAUAUCAAGAUCGAGAACUAUUCCCCGGAUACAACGCCGGUGAUACAACGGAUACAACGGGAACAACUCGAGCAAUUCAAGCAGCAGGAAUCAUCUGUGAUACGAGGUAUCAAGUUCGAGAAUACCGGUCUCGCAUUAGAUACGGACCCAGUAGCGAAGGAGCUACACAAUAUCGGCGCGAGGAAUACGGGAGGACACGACGAGGGAGUUGGUACCAUCAUCGGCGCCAGUAAUUCCUACAGGAACUAUACCAAACAGUCGAGCAUUUGCGCAGGGAGCAGCUCCAGCGGAUUUUUCGCGUCACAUUCCUCGGACGCGAUUUCACCGACUUCGAACAUUGUGACGGACAUGAAGUACGAAACACAGACGGGCCCUCCUACGACACCGUCGCAUCUGACCUCUUCUGGCGUCGAACCGCCGCACAGUAGUCAGGGCACUGGAAUUGUAGUCGGUGGCUCACCGGCCGAGGUCGUCGAUAGCUUAUUGCUGUCACCCUGGGGCGCUACCGGCCAGGACUUCCUCGAACCGUCGGAUGUGAAACAAACGACUGGAUUACACGAGUGGGACAUCCUCCUGGAGCCGACAGUGGGUGUCGCGUCCGCCCAAUCGUUGGCCGAAUUGAAGCCGCUACCACCUUUUACCGGUUACACGGGACAUCUCAGUAUCAAUGGCAUACCGGGCCAUCAUUAUCAUACGAUAGCCUCGUCUGGCCAGAGGUCAUCGAUACCAUCUGCAUCACCCACACCGUCCUCCAAUCAGGAAUAUUACGAGUCAUCCGUAGUGUCGUCAAGCACACCGUGUCCCCAAGGAAGCCAGAAACAACAGCAGCAACAGCAGCAGCAACAACAGAAUCAUCAACAACAGCAUCAUCAUCACCAUCAGCAGCAGCAGCAGCAGCAGCAGCAACAACAACAGCAACAACAACAACAGCAGUUGCCGCAGUCAACGCAGCAGGUGGAUUAUGAUAUUGAGGACAUAGCGGAGAUCAUCGGGUCUGCAAUCGCGGACACAACAGUGCCUGGCAGCGGAAACGGGCCCAGUUCGGAACAAGAUCCGGAGGCCUCUAGAGCUUGGAGUGACUUUGAUGAAUGGAUCAGUAUUGUCUCGCCUAGGACGCAAGAGACGACAGCACCUAGCACAUUUUCCCAAAUUUACGUGACCACGACGCCGUCCACGCAGGCUCAGCAGCACGGCUCAACGCUGCAGAAUCUGCUCUCCCAUAAUUACGCACCCUUGUUGCAGGCAAGACUGCAGGCCGGAAAUGCCGCCAGUCUUCAGAAUGCAUCCUGCGGCGAAACCCCAUCGUCGACGAGUCCUUACCCGAUCAGUCCGUCAAAUCAAGUGUCCACGUCCUGCAGCCCUGAACAGCAACGACAAGUGCACUCGUCCUUAGCGGCGCCUUCACACAUCAGAAAGCGGUCGCGGUCUUCGCCAGGUUCCGGACAGAACUCGUCCAAAAAGAAUCCAGCCGCUGGUGCCGCGACGUUAUCGUAUGGGACGGAGUCCAGUUUAAUCGGCAAAGAGAAACCCGUACACAGAUGUCAGAUCUGUAAUCGGGGUUUCCUCAACAAGAGCAACAUCAAGGUACAUCUGCGAACGCAUACAGGUGAAAAGCCGUUUAGGUGCGAAGUGUGCGGCAAGUCGUUUAGGCAGAAAGCGCAUCUCAUUAAGCAUCAACAAAUUCACAAAAGGAUUGGCAGGGAUUGAAUGAUCUCUGUUCUUAUUCGAGUGAACCUAUUUAAUGAGAUAGGAUAACAAUAGAAUAAUAAAAUACGUAAGGUAGAAGUAAAUAAUAAAAAAAUAAGUAUGGACAUAUUCUAGAUUACGCUGUGUACCUACAAUGGAAUAUGGCGUGACGGUGUGAUGGCCAAGUGAUUAAGUCGAGUAUUUAAAAUAAUAUUGAGGUAUGAUGUUCAGUUGAUGCUUGACUGUUGAUAUUCAACUAUAAAAUUAAAAAAGUUUUAAUUAAAAAACUUAAUUUAUAUUAUUAUCAAUUUCAUUAGAAUCAAGAUAUCGAUCUGAAAAAUAUUUUUAACAGUCUUCAAAGGUUUACAGUCAAUCAAAAUCAAUUUUAAUGACGAUCAUGUGACUCUGUAAACAAAUAUAGACUCUGCAUACGAAAUUCGAUCAUUAAGACGACAUGUCUCUAAACAUCUAGCUGUAAUUUAAUGAUACAAUUUCAUAAAUGCAAAUCCAUUUUAUCAUGGUGUACAUGAAUACAUUAUUAUUAUGUGAACUACGAUAAAAAAUUCGGCAAGCCGAUAAAAA